AUCCUUCCACUCUUGCCUUUCCUACUCUUUCUCUCUCCCUCUCCAUUGGUCUCAUCUGCUUGCCUUCGACUCCCCGUCUCCGGCGGCCGCUCGCCCACGCCGUCGCAACUCUCCCCUCGUCUCAGUCAGUCGUGACGGCAUCCUUCACUACGUCUCAGUUGCGGCUGCUUCGGUUGCGCGGCGGAGCACAGAUAGAAGAGCUUGUGGUUGUGGAUCCCCUCGCCGCCUCUGGUAAUUUUUGGUUGAGUUCAACGUUUGUUGAAUUUACAUUAGUGAAAAGCUCGUUUCUUUGCAGUAGUUAUGCCAGCUUCAAUUUGGUAGUCUGCAGGACAUAUCCCACCUUUACUUCUUGCUAGAUUGCAUAUCCAUCAGUCUAUGCUGGUUUGAUCAUUUUGAGAAGGGAGUUGCAUGAGUUCUAUAGCUAGGCCCACCAUAGUAGUCUAGAAAAGCUUCAUGAUCAAACCAGCAUCAGGCAGCAGUAAUAUUAUCUUAAGUUCCCCCUUUUUGCUGCUAAGUUGACCGAGUGUAGUAGCUAUUUAUGUUUAAAAAAGCUUGCUUCUAACUUGAAUGCAAUUAAACUCUGAGCCAUUAGGUUGAAGUCUUUAAAGAAUUGGAACUUAGAAGAGUAUGUUUCAGGGUUCAUUUGUUUGAGUGGCCUGCUGAAGUGAUAUGCCUGUUUGUUCUUAUUGCUGUAGGAAUGAAGCGACAGGGAAGUAUUGUGCCCGGUAAAUCUCGUGUUUAUUGCCAAUGGGAUUCGCAGAUGGACAAGGUUUUAGGUCGUUUAUUAUUGGAUCAAAUAGUUCAAGGAAAUGAGGGAGUUGGAUAGUUGAACCGCAGGUUUCUUUUAAUGGUUAGAUUUAAGUAGAAGGAGAAAGAAAUUAUACAAGGCCCGGGGUUGUAUUUUAGCUCUUUAAGAUGAGAGCCCCAGCCUGUACUGUUUUGAUGUGGAUGCAACAAUGCCAGCAGCAGGAACAUGGAAGGGAAGGGAAGGGUAGGGUUUCUUUGUAUAGUAGUGUAGCUGGCUGGUAGUUUCCAUAUGGUUGCUUUGCUUCUUUUAAUCCAUGAAGUCUAUCUGUCCUGGGAUUGCAAUUUCAGAUGUGUUCAUAAGAGUUUUCAAUUUGGACUUGCUUUCAAUUCAUGAGGUCAGUUUUCUCUUCUUCCUUCCCAACCAAAUCUCACAAGACAUGUCUUUUCUGCAUCAUUGAAUUGGGUGGGAACUUUGCCCCCCAUCCACAGCAGAGAUUGCUGCCAUUCUAUGCCAACUUUUAACUUAACCUUACAUACAUAUUUGUUCUUAUAUUCUUUCUCCUGCAACUAUUCCCCAAUUUCCAUUUUCCUCUGUACAGAUGUACAAUGGCUAGUCAAGACGAGUCUCCUACAACUAUUCCCCAAUUUCCAUUUUAACUUAACCUUACAGAAGUGAUUAAGGAGAUCACUGUACAUAUUAGUGGUAUUAAAAUAAAUUAAAAAAAUAAGUUUGUUAAUUGAAAUACCUAAAAGUUGCAAUAAAAUAUCCAAACAGUAGAAUUUAAAUCUUAUUUGAAAUACACAUCUAUCCAAACAAUGACUUUUAAAUCCUAGGAAUUUUAACUUGUUAACCUGGAUGCAUGUUUAAUUUUUUGUCAAGUGUUUAUGUUGCCCUUGUUCUUUUUUUUUUUUUUUUUGUUCAGUGGUUGAUAUUCUUAGGAUGACUGUCCUACAUCCUGAUGGUGCUAAGGUUCUUCGGAAGCAUUUCAAAGACGGCAAUGGUGCAGUAAUAUGUCCCUGUUGUUCAUUUCUUUUAUUUGCAAUAUUGAGCACUUCAUUUUUCAUAUUGUUUGCAUGAUUCUCUUUCCCUCAGUUUGAAUAGCCUGCAAAUAAACUACGGAAACUGCAAAAGUCCAUCCAAAAGCAACCAGUAACUCGAAAAUGCUCGAGUGUAUGCUUGGGAUGCUACAAAACUAGGAUAGAGUUAGUCGCAUUGCUGGAAAUAGGUCUAUAAAAUUACUCUGUUCUUUCAGGGCAUCAUUCAUUGACUUUGAGGUGCAGAUAGAAUAGUUAUGUUUGUUGCUAGAUAUGCUAAUGGAAACAUUCAGGAGAAUUACAGGAUGUCAUCCUCUUGCCCCAAACCUUUUGACCAGUAUCUGUCUCGUGACUAAUCUCAUCAGAAAUUCAUUGUACCAUGGCAGCAUGGCUGGCUACUAAAGCAUCAGAAUGAGGCAAGACUUGUUCUCAUUUUCUGCUGCUUAGAUACAACAUUCAGAAAAUAACUGUGAAGGAAAUUGUUCCAUCUUGUAGGGCUCUUUCGUUGCUUUUAGCACCAACCACUAGCUAGGCCUACUAAGUGUUCUGAAUGUGGAUUUUCCCGUGAUGUAUUUUGUGAUGUUUGAGUAAUCUUGGAUAUAGAAGCCAAUGGUUUCGGAUAUUUGCUUUUGUGGAGCUGAUCUGAACUUUAGUUGACCCUUGCAGAUUCUUGACGCAUUCUCGAAUGUUAGUACAUCUCCAAACAAGAACUCUCCUGGGAAAAGAAUUAAAAGAGAAAACAAGAAAAGUUUUACAGAUAGCAGAACAAGAAAAUCUGGAUGUUGAUUCAAAGUUCCUGGCACUUGUCGCCAUUGGAUCCCUCAUGCUUGAUGGUCUGGUGAAAAGAAUAGCUUUGGACUUCGAUGUCGAUAAGAUUGCCAAAGCAGCAAAAUCUUCCAAGGAUGCCAAGGUGUCUGAAGCCGGAGCUGACAUCGAAAUGCUUGUGAAACAGCCAUGAAACCUGUGUUUCCCAGGUAAACUGCUGCUUUGAAAGUGAGAGCAGUAAAUGCAGUAAUCUCCAGCAUCUUUUGUUGAUCCUCGGCGAUUGUUCUUGAUCCUGUUUUUUUCUAUGAUUUAGGUUAAGCAGAUGGAAAAGUACCUCGAUUGGUCGCGACAGCUAGACACUUUAGAGCCCAGUUCUUGGCUUGCUAGGCAUUGUACGAGUUAACAACUUCCACUCGUGCACUAAUUAGAGAAACAGAGCUUCUUCCAAGGGCCAGAAAUUACUAUCGCGAGCCGAUUCUCGAAGUUGUUGGUUCAUAUCGCCUUUUCGGCGCUUCAUGUAACAUUCUGUGCAUGCUUUCUCGUUGAGAACUUGCCGUUGCAGAGAAUAGUGUAUUCAGAAAGCUCACAGAACUAGUAGUUUAAGCAGCAACAAUUGAGAUCCUGUUUCGCAAAUUAUUCUCCACAUUAUUAUACUUAAUAAAGCAGGCAACCUCGCCGCCUCCUCUUCCAAAAAUCCGAUGCUCCUCUAGAAUACCACCUGACUGCAACUUCCCAACUCGAACAAAUGGGCGUUCAAAGU